AUGUGGCUGUUUUGGUGUUGUCGCAGUCGAGGCUUCACAUCAUCAGUGUAUUUUUGGAUGUGUUUGGUGUUUCUCUGCACCGCAGACCUGAAGCCCCCAGGCCGGCUCGUGAAGAGGCUUCCCCGGCCACAGAGCACCUCCCCCCGGGUACAACACCUGGAGCGGCUCGCUGAACAGGCUGCGCUCUCUCCCGCGGUGUCUGCUCCGUACCUCCGUCUCCCCGUGUCUCUGGACUCUCUGAAGCCGCUGUUGGACCCUGGACACCUGCUCCCCUCCACGGGCUCAGGUCUGGAGCCACUGCCUCCCCGUCUCCAGGAGCUGCUGAGAGGGGCGGCUCCGGACCCCCAGCUGCCCCCUGAGCUCCAGCCACACCCAGGGUCCUCUGUGCGCGUGGACUGCAAGCACGAGCGCAUGUUUGUGGAGGUGGAGCGGGCCGUGCUGGGCCGACCUGAGCAAGACCGGGCUCUCCGGCUGGGCAUCUGCGGGUUCACCAGGGCCACCAAGGAAUACGUUUACUUUGAGUACGAGCUGGACCAGUGUGGGACCCAGCACCAGAUGGAGCGGGACCAGGUGGUUUUCUUCAACACACUUCACUAUGAACCAGAGACCAGUGUGAGUACCAUCAGACGCUCUGCUCCGUUCAGCAUGCACCUGUCCUGCCGCUUCAACAGGUACCAGUACUCCUUCAAAAUCGGCUACAGGCCCAGUCAGAGCGUCCGGAGUCUGUUCAAACGGAUGAAGAACAGGGAGAAGUUCACACUCUCCGCAACCGACUCCCUGUGGCAGCCCCUGUCCGCCUCCUCAGCCUUCUCCUGGGGCAGACCCAUGUUGUUCCAGGCCCGGGCAGAGCAGCUCUCUCCUGGGCACCGUCUGUACCUUCACUCCUGCUUCGCCACCGCAGAACCCUGGCCUUCGUCCAGGCCUCAGCUCAGCAUCAUCAAUAACCACGGCUGUAUGGUGGAGAGCCAACAUGGGCGCUCGUCGUUCAUCAAUCGCACCAAUGACACCGUGAGGUUUUCUGUGGACACGUUCAUCUUUCCGGGAUCAGAGGGGAACCCGCUGUACAUGCACUGCUACAUGUCUCUGGGACCAGACUCUCCCACAGUCACAGACAAAUCCUGCAACUACAACCUGACGAGCAGCCGGUGGGAGGAGCUGUCAGGGAGGGACUCUGUGUGCUCCUGCUGCGCCUCCGUCUGUGGGCCCUCAGUCUCAACAGAGACGGUGAUAAGCAGCAAUGCCUGGAACAUCCAUGUCAAACCCAGAGCCAAGAAGAAGAAGAAGUCGCUCAAACUGAAGUCCAGACCAGAGACUACUGAGGCUCCUGGGAUCCAACAGACCAAGACCCCAGAGACCGCCAAGACUCCAGUGACCGCCAAGACUCCUGGGACCUCCAAGACUCCAGAUAGUCCCAGGAUCCUGUCUCCCAGGGGGGGAUGGGGGGAGAGUGGACAGGGCCAGCCCUUUCACCCGGACAUACGCUGGGCAGUGACCGAGCUGGAGGGCCCCAGAGAGCUGGAGGGCCCCAGAGAGCUGGAGGGGUCUGCUGAGGUGGAGGAGGUGAAAGUGGAGAAAGUGGAAAAAGGGAGGUACAGCAUUUUCGAGGAGAUUUUUGACCUGUACGAGCCGCAGUCCACUGAAAUAAAAAGAAAGAGCUAA